AAUUUUUCGACACGCUUCGAAUGUGUUACUUGAAGAAGCCUAAUACAUAUCGGAUGGUACCUGAAGCCACUGCCUCGGCUUCGGGCAAUGUGGCUGAUGAUGGCUUUGCGGCCGAGACGAUGACACCCUUGUCCCACAAUCAUGGCCUGGACAGAGAUUUGGUGUCCCUCAAGAUCAGCCUAUUGGGUGACAGCCAAAUCGGAAAGACAAGUUUUCUGGAAAAGUAUGUUGGGAAUGAAAUGGAAGACGGAAGCAGAGCGCAGAAAGGAUUGAACUUGAUGGAUAAAACACUGAUGGUUAGAGGGGCACGUAUUUCGUAUAGCAUUUGGGAAGUGGGAGGUGAUAGAAAAUCUCUGGAUUACAUUCCAACAGCUUGCAAGGACUCUGUAGCAAUUCUUUUUAUGUUUGAUCUAACAAGUAGGCGUACCCUAAACAGCAUUUUAAGGUGGUAUAGACAAGCACUGAAAUGGAAUCAGACAGCAAUUCCAAUCUUGAUAGGAACAAAGUUCGACGAUUUUAUCCAACUCCCCAUAGAACUGCAAUGGGCAAUUGCAAGCGAGGCAAGAACAUACGCGAAGGCACUGAAUGCGCCGUUGUUCUUCUCUAGUGCAGCUUACAACAUCAAUGUUAAUAAGAUCUUCAAAUUCAUCACAGCAAAGCUCUUUGACCUACCAUGGACGGUCGAGCGCAACUUGACAGUUGGAGAGCCUAUAAUUGAUUUCUAGAGUUGUUCUUCCACCCUACAUAUGCAAUCUGGUCCUAAAGAAACUCUGAGAAUCAUCCUGCACAAGGAUGAGUGUCCAUAUUGCUUUGACAACUAUGUCAGAUGUAGCGGAGAAAGGCAGAGGCGCGGAGCCGCGUCUCCGUCUCCGUAGUUGAGAUGCAUCUGCACUGCUCAAAAGUUGUCGAAAGGCAAGUAGAGACAAUUGAGUAAUGACCACACUUCUCUAAGUGUACCAGAUCAAGCAUGUCACUGCAAAUGCAGCUUGCAUCCUUUCAGAAAGUUUUAGCUGUAACUCCAUGUAAAUCUGUAGUCACGCUCAAUAUCUUCUCUUUGAUGAGAAAAUUGAAGUGUCUAUCAAAUUAAACAUCCUUCCUGAUCGAUGUGAUAAAAUAAAGUUAUGUUGUUUAUCUUUAGACAUGCAGAUGCGGCUAUGGUAAAAAGUAAAAAACACUUAUUCAAUAACAGACCAUCCUGCGGCUUACAAAGCAGUCUGGAAUCAGGUCCUCCUCUUACAGGAAAACAUUGUACAGUAUCCAAAUGCAUAUAAGAUAUAAGUUUGUUUAUGGAGCCUUUUACUAUUACUAUAUACGGUAACAAUGCAUAUAGACAGACAUUCAUAGUGAAAAGGAAGAGCCUGAGAUAUCAAAUACUUCAUUCAAUUCAGAAACGAAAUUCAUUUGAAAGCAUUACUUAAGUACCUUCCAUCUCUCUUUCCAGGGAGGACGCGACAGCCAAAAUGCCCUCUGUUAAUUUCUGCCCGCACUGAUGCAAAUAAUGAAUUUACAACACGAACUUUCAGUACAGAAAUGUAAUAUAUGGUGUUAGCGACUAGCGUAAAGGAAAAACAAGAGGAUUAAAUUAUAUGUUGGAGCUACUGGCUAGAGUGAAGCUUUUGUAUAUCUCAGGAAAGUUGAAUCGAGCACAUGGGAAACAACAAACAGUAAAGCCCUAUUCAUUUGUCAUGAUAUUGAAUAUUGAUAACAAUAGUUUGAUCCUAAAACUUUAAGUAUCA